AUGCAGUUCACCACCUCAAUCCUCGCCGCUCUCAUCGCAGUCGCCAUGGCUGCCCCGGCUCCCGACACCAAGCUGUCCGAGCAUUCUGCCCUCGUCCGCCGCAUCGCUGCGUUGAACGAUGCCAACCCCGCAAUCGAGAAGCGAUGUGACCAGGAGGGCUACAAGAAGUGCGCUGAUCCCUGCGCGGCGUUCAACUCAGGUCCGUACGGGGGUAUUUCCUGGGCACUGUGUCUCGCUUCGUGCAAUGAUAUCUACGGCGGAGACUGCUGA